CAAUCUUGACAGCCGCACCGAGUUGUUUUCUCCUACUUUGAUAUUAUUCCCCCCUCCGUCCUUGAAACAAUUGCCAGUUGUUCUCCUUUUUCCAUCGCCGCCGCUGAAAUCCACCCUUCUCGCAAGCACGAGUCUUGCGGCUGUCAAACCUGCACAUCUGUCCACAAAGGCCUACGCUCGUUAUAUCCCUUACCUCUGACCCCUUCAUCGACUCUACUCCUCACCAACUGUCGCCGCUGCCGCCGCCCGUCAUCGUUGAUCGAUAUACCGCUCCAAACCUAUUGAAUUCAAUUACACUACACUCGUUAUCAUGAAGGCUCUCAUUCUUGUCGGGGGUUUCGGUACCCGUCUACGUCCAUUGACUCUCACUCUCCCAAAGCCCUUGGUCGAGUUUGCCAACCGUCCUAUGAUCCUCCACCAAGUUGAGAGCUUGGCAGCCGCUGGUGUGACAGACAUUGUCCUCGCUGUCAACUAUCGACCAGAUAUUAUGGUCUCUACACUUAAAAAGUACGAAGAAGAAUAUAACGUGAAAAUCGAAUUUUCCGUGGAAUCCGAGCCACUAGGCACUGCCGGCCCCUUGAAGCUUGCGGAAAAGAUCCUCGGCAAAGACGACAGCCCGUUCUUCGUCCUCAAUUCCGACGUCAUCUGCGAGUAUCCAUUCAAGGAACUCGCGGAGUUUCAUAAGAAACACGGAGACGAAGGUACGAUUGUGGUCACAAAGGUGGAGGAGCCCUCAAAAUACGGUGUCGUUGUUCAUAAGCCAAACCACCCUUCCCGGAUCGACCGAUUCGUCGAGAAACCCGUCGAGUUCGUCGGCAACCGCAUCAAUGCCGGCAUCUACAUCCUCAAUCCUAGCGUACUGAAGCGCAUUGAGCUUCGUCCUACCUCAAUUGAACAGGAGACUUUCCCUGCCAUUUGCAAGGAUGGCCAGCUUCACUCCUUUGACCUUGAAGGCUUCUGGAUGGACGUCGGCCAGCCCAAGGAUUUCCUGACCGGAACAUGUCUCUAUCUUUCCUCUCUCACCAAGCAAAAGUCUAAGCUCCUGUCGCCCUCCACUGAACCAUACGUUCAUGGCGGAAACGUCAUGGUCGACGCUUCAGCCAAGAUCGGCAAGAACUGUCGCAUUGGACCCAACGUGACGAUCGGGCCAAACGUUGUCGUCGGCGACGGCGUUCGGCUGCAACGAUGUGUCUUGCUUGAAAAUAGCAAGGUCAAAGACCACGCCUGGGUGAAAUCCAGCAUUAUCGGUUGGAACAGCUCGGUCGGCAAAUGGGCACGAUUGGAGAACGUCAGUGUUCUAGGUGAUGAUGUUACCAUUGGCGAUGAAGUCUAUGUCAAUGGUGGUUCCAUUCUCCCUCACAAGAGCAUCAAGCAAAAUAUUGACGUGCCCGCUAUUAUCAUGUAAAUUUGAUGACGGGGUUGAACUUAUGUUAUCUCUCCCAUAAUAUUCAUAAUAAUCGUUUUCCACGAAGAUUUUGAUUCGACAAACAAUUAACUACAUAACUGAUAUAAUUGACGAAGGAAGGGUCCGGGAAAAGUGAUGGAAUAUAACGGAGAAGGGUGUUUGUGUUUUACCUUGAGCAUACGUUCAUGUUCCAUGCAUUUCUCUUCUCAAAUUUCGCAGCAUUUAUCUUCGCUUGUACAAAUUUUCUUUUCUUUUUCUUUUUCUUCUCUUCUCUUUCUCCCCCUUGUCUGAUGGCUUUUGUGCCUUUUCCCCCGGGCUCUCCCGUUCUUAGCCGCCUUUUUUGUUGGGUUAGGAUUUAUUGCGAGUUCGAGUUUACUCUCUUCACUCUCCCCUUCCGCUCAACUCGUCGAAAGCGCAUAUUCGAGUUUUAGUUCCGCUAUUUUUCUUUUUUUUUUCCAUCUUCUUUUAGUUUUAGCCCCUCUCUCCCCCUUCUUUUUAAUCCCGGUAUCUUCGCGUGGAUGAAUAGGAACAAAGGGAAGUGCAAGUUCCCCUCUUUAAUUUGCUUUUUCCUGCCUUUUUUCUCUUGCCACUUAGGCACUUCCCCUUCUUCACGCCCCGGUCAAUAUUGCAUACACAAAUUUUUAAUCCGUUGAGGAGAUGCUCCAUAUUUCUAGUCACGCCGCUCCAGUUGCCCUGCUCGUGUUUCAUGCAUGAGAUGCGUUUCCUGGUUUUGGGAGGGGGGAAAAGAGUAUCAAUUGAAAAAAUACCUUAAAAGGUC